AUGAAUCGAUUCAGCUUAGAAUUUUAGAAUCGAUAUUUAGAGAAAUAAUAUUAAAAAAGAGUCUCCAACUAGAACAGUCGCUUGCUCAGGAAAAUAUUGUUAGGAUAUUUUGUAUUCUAUGUAAUUCCUGAAAUAGCUGAGGCUUCAAUGAAUUAAGAUUAUAACAGUAUUGAUUCCAAUGAAGUAUUAUCAAUUAUAGGCUACUUAAUACUCCUUGUUUGCUAUUUGGGUUUGACUAAAAAGAAAGAUUUUUUUAACUUCAUUUGUUUGAUUGCCCAUAUUGCUAUUUUAUUAACAAGCAUGUUAGGUAUGAUUAAGCAUACUAAGUAGAAUAAUAAAUUUAUCUAAGGUGCUAGCUGCGAAGCUCAAGCAGUUUGGCUGAUCUAAAAUACUUUUUAGUAUAGUGCAAUUCAAGUUGGUUUUCAUUUUAUAAUAUCCCUUAUUUCAUCAACAAUUAAAAUUGCGUUAACGUCCGUUACAAUCGUUUAUACUACUAUUAUCAUUUAUAUAAUAGUUAUUGUUGAAGAAGGAUCAAAAACUUCUAAAUUCUCAAUCGUAAUGAUAAUAUUCUUUGCCUUCAUUAUAUGCGAAAUGUAUUUUAUUCAUUACAACCACAAGAUGCGAAGACAGAAUUUCCUUCAUCAAUUUAAUGAUAAGCAGUUCACUAAUAUCCUCAAAAAUGGUCUUAACUAAAAUAUAUUCUUUGUAUCCUACAAUUAGACUUUGAAUAACAUCGAUAUUUGGUUUUCAAACAAAAGUUGUGAGAGGUAUUUCAGCAGUUAAAAUAAAGGAGAGUUUAAGAAAUUUACAAGAUCAGUGUAUCUAUAAGAGCAAACGAGUUCCAAAAGCGAAGAAUUUUACCCUGAUUAAAAUGGAAUUCAAGAAGGAAAAGUGAAGUCUAAACAACAAGAAAAUUAAUACGAUAAUAUCACAGAUGAAUUAAGUUUAGAGUAAAAAAAAAAAAGUCUUUAAGCUAGUUCUAAAGAUAAAAACGCAAAAUUAGAAAAUGUAAUUAUUGAACUAAUAAAAUCUCAAAUAAAAAAAUAAAAGCACAAGAACUAUUAUGACUUUAGCCAAUUUAAGAAGUAUUUGGCCAUUCAAAAAGAAGACGAAGUAGAAAUCGUAUCUAAAAAUGUUAAGAACUAAAAUGCUUAGCCAAAAAAAAAGCCCACCAAGGAAAAGUUAUUUUAAUUUAAGAUAAAUACUUUUAUAAGAAAUAGUUGCUUUAAUUCAUGUGUAAUAUUUAACGAAGAGGAAUGGGAUAAGUAUAAUGGAUUAUAUAAAGACAAAUGCUCGUUGCAGAUGCAGAAAUAGCAAGACUUCAUUUAAAUGCUAUAGCCAGUUAUUCAAAAGAUGGAACCUUUCUCAUAUUUGCAUGAAAGCUUAGUAGCAUGUAUAAACCAAAGCACAACCCUUCUUAACAAUAUGCUUCUCUAUAAUUUUAUUGUAUAAAAUAAAUUUGAAAACAAACAGAUUACCCUUCCAGAUUUUCUGACCGAUUUUUCUUUAACAGAAAUGCUUGAAUAUAUUAAAAUUUCAAAUCAAACUUUUUUCCCAAUAAAGUACGAUGUUUUGAUUAAUGGUGAAUCCUCAAGAGAGAAUAUUAUCUUCCACUCGAACUAGAAAAGGGUUGCUCAGAUUAUUUAAAAUUUCAUUCUGGAAAUUGAAAGGUUCGUAAAAAGUUACAGAAAAAACAACCACAUACAGAAUAUUAACAUUAAUGCCCAAUAGAUUAAGGGUGUUAACAGCAAAAGCAAUAUUAUUAAAUUUACCAUCAAUUUUAGCCUUUCUGAAAAUAGCUAUUAGUCAAAUUAGAAUUUUAUAUUGCUAGAAGAAAAUGAAGAAGAAGAUGAAGAUUAAGACUAGACAAAAUUAAAUAAUUAGAAAGGAAACAAGUUAGAAAGCAAUACUAAUGAUAAUAACUAUCUCUAAAAUAUGAAAUAAAAUCAGAAAAAUAUAUAUGAAUUUAUUUAACAAAAAUCAUUAGAUGAUGAUGAUGACGACGAUAAUGAUCAAUAAGAAAGGUCAUUAGAAAAUUUAAAUGAGAUAUCAAAUUGGAAUACUAUAGAAAAUAAAGACGAUGAGCUUAAUCAAAAGUAAGUCAAUAAAUAAAAUAAGGAAGAACCUAACAAAGCACUUAAAUUAAAUUAGAAUAAAAAUACUAAACAAGGCAGUUCUCUUUUUAGUUUGAAUAUUAAAAAAUAAGCAUAAUCAAAGAGUGUAAAUAAAAAAUAUAAACCUUAAAUUAGGGUAUUAAAUAAUAACGAUAUGCAACAUAGUUAAGAAGUUCUUCUACUUUAAAAUGAAAAUGACUUAGAAAAGGUACCAUCUGAUGACAAAAACUCUUUAAAUGCAAUUGCAACAAUUAGCAAUCUGAAAAAUAAUUCUGAUGUCAAUGAGAAUUAAUUUUAUGAUAAUCAGAAGUAGAAACACACUUUUAUUACCAAGAACACUGAUAAAGAGACAUAAUACAUGCCUUUUAUAAGCGAAAAUAAUACUCGUUCAACUAAUAAAAUUUCAUGUAUUAGCAACAACAACCAUAAUAAUAAUGGAGGAUAAUUAGAAAAUUAGUCUAUUAAUUUCCAAGUUUUUACUCAACCUUCUAACUAAAUCUCAAAUAGCAAUUUUAAUUUAGAUAGCAAAUAAAUUAUUCAAAAUUAAAUCGAAAUAUUAAAUUUAAAGGAUCAAAAAGACCCAUAACAUAUUUCAGAUGUGGAAUAAGACUAGCUUAUGAAAGUUUAAAACGAAAAUAAUAUUAAUAUUAAGGUAAAUAAUGAUUGUGAAGAUUUGCAGUCUUACAGAGAUUACGAAAAGAAUACAGAUGAAACCCAUUAAAACAUUAUCGGCUAUUAAUUCUAAAACUUUACCAAAUAAAAUAUAUUUUAGAAAGAUUCUACUACAAACAGUUCAAUAAGUAAACCAAGUGAGUAAACCACUAAGACCCUAAAAUAUUUAAAUUAGAAUCAAGACUCAUUGUAGAUUCCUGAUUCAAAUAAAGUGAAUAGCAAUAUUUUUCCAGCUUAUAACAUAGGAGAAGAAUCAUUCUCAUUCUAAAUUCCUAAUUGUUAAACUUUAAAUAUUUAAAAUUAAUAACAAUCUUUAGAAAAUCAAAAAUCGCCAUUAAAUAAUUUUGGGAGUAAUUCUAUUUUCUCAAAUAGGAAUAUCAGCUAAAAUAAUCAAAAUACUAUAUAAAUGACCUAAUCAAAUGCUCCAAAUGAAGUAGAUGUUUAAAAAUAAAACAGUUACUAGUUGAUAAAAGAAAUAGCUUCGAUAUACUCGCCUUAAAGAUAACAAACUGAAUAAAAAGAUAAAAAUUUUUAAUAUAACUUAGUUUAAUUUAAAGAUGAAGAUUGUAAAAGCAGUAGCAAUGACCAAAAUAAAAAUGCUAUAGAGAGUGGAGAAAGCUAUUAAAUGAACAAAAGAAAUACUUCUCAUUUCGCGAUCAUACCAUCAUAAUAACUAGGAUUUAAGAUAGAGGAAAAAGAAUAAAAAAUAAAAAUAUUAGUUAAUAACAGUCCAUAAAAACAAGAAAAUAAUUUAUAUUUAAAUGAAAACCCUAAAAAAUUUAAUAGUAACCCAUAAAAUAUAAAUGCCAACGAUCAUAAAGAUCUUUAACAAAAAAAGUAGUAACCAGAUCCUGUUUAAACUAGGAUAUCUUCGUUCUCUCACGACACAAAUCCAUAAAGUAUUUACUAAAGACCUUCAAAUAACUUUUUCAGCAAAGGAAAUUCUUUUGAUAUUCAUAGAUUAACAACAACAACAGCAACUUCUAAAACAAUAAAUAUGACUCAAAGUUCCAAAAUAUCUCCUAAUCAAUAGAAAGAUUAAGUAAAAAAUAUAUUUUUUUAAUAAAAACUACCAUCAAUUGAAAAUAAUUAAAUAACUUCAACCAAAGUAUAAAUAAAAAGUAAUAAUAUAAAAAUCAGUAAUGCUAAAAACUAAGAUAUGAAAAAGUAAAAUAGCUAUUCUUUGCCAAGCUAAUAAUAAAAUGCUAAGAAUUUUUAAUAAAGUUUAAUAAUACCAAUCUAAUAAUCCUAAGCCGAAAGUAGAAAUUUAAUAUCCCCUGGAUAAAAUUCAAGCUAAACUAAUUAAUCCUAAUCUUAGACUUUGUUAACAUUCAAAUAAGUGUAUGCAGAGCCUAUCAAAAUCAUGAAAACCUUCAAGCCAGAUUAGGAUUUAAUAUAUCAAAGAUUAAACUGCUUGAAUUUACAGGUGAAUGCUAAAUUAAUAUGCGCUUUAGGGCCAACUAAUGAUAUAAUUAUCAACGAUAAAAAUGAAUUCUCAUUUUAUUUAUAUUAAGACAUGAGAAUACUUCACACUAACAGUGAGCAAUUCCAAAAUAACUAUGUUUAGUCCUUUAUUAAUUUCAAUGAUAAUUCGAGUCCCUAAUCCUUAAAGAAAUCUAAUACUUAUCAGAUUAAAAGUUAAGCUAAUUAUAAUUUUUCUAAAGAAAAUAAAAAUUAGCAACUUGAUUCCAAUUCAUCUUAUUCAAAUACCAGUAAUCAGUUAGGAGAAGUCCACAUUAAUAAAAUUGAAAUAUCAAAUUUAUCACCAGGAAAAAUCUUCACUCAAAAUAAAUUUGUUGGUUCAAACACUCAAUUAUGA